CGUUACGAGCAUUGGAUUUGACCAAGCAAAGCAGGGCUGGUGUAAACCGUCACCAACCAAAACACGGGAUACACGGGAUACACGCAGAUUACACCUUUGAUUGGUUAUUGGAGAGGCUUGGAGAAAAUAUCCCAUUUUGUCGAAGUCCGGGGGCGGGGCAUACCAAAAAGUAAUGGCCAUCUAUUUAGGGUCUGGCCAGGGGAUUUCUCGUCUAUCAUAGCUAUUCUAUAGAAUUCGCCGUUUGUAGAGCGAACAAGGUAAACAUCGUAACCAGUAUUACUAGCCGUAUUCGUUAAUUGCAGUCGCGUUCGAUCUGAAUAUAGUUGAUAUAUCGCCUGAACUUGAUACACCAAUUUAGGGUUAACCAGCCAUCUAGCCACGCUAGCUAUCAGUAUCAGCUCACCAGCCAACAUUUAGAACCUUCCUUGGGCGUGAUAGUUUGGACGUUUCGAGUCGAUCACAUGCGGAUAUUUGUAUAACGCAGUUAUUACACACUAUCUCAUACCACAAGUCAACAUGGGAAUGAAUUUAUUUUCAAGAGAUUGACGACGACAAAACGGAUUAAGGGCAAUUUGGUCUUGGAAAAAGUUGUACGCAGGAUUAAAGAUAUCUUUAUGGUUAAGAAGAGAGUUGCCAAGUCUUUAUCUCCCAUCUGCAAAAAAGGGCAUGCCAAAAUCCCAGUAAUGGAGACUACGGCUGUGAGUACCACCACUCUGGCCAAUGAUGAGUUUGACAGGAACGUGCCGCGGAUCUGCGGUGUGUGCGGGGACAAGGCCUCCGGAUUCCACUUCAAUGCCAUGACCUGUGAGGGCUGCAAGGGCUUCUUCAGACGCAGUAUGAAGCGCAAGGCCAGCUUCACCUGUCCCUUCAAUGGCAGUUGCACCAUAACCAAGGACAACCGCCGCCACUGCCAGGCCUGCCGGCUCAAGCGCUGCGUGGACAUCGGCAUGAUGAAGGAGUUUAUUCUGACAGACGAGGAGGUGCAGAGGAAGAAGGACCUGAUUCAACGGAGAAAGGAUGAGGAGGCGCAGAGGGAGGCGCAGCGACCCCGGCUGAGCGAGGAGCAGAGCCAGGUCAUCGCCACGCUGGUGGAGGCUCACCACAAGACCUACGACGACUCCUACUCUGACUUCAACCGCUUCAGGCCUCCGGUCCGAGAAGGCCCAGUGACACGCAGUGCCAGCAGAGCUGCCUCUCUCCACUCUCUAUCUGAUGCCUCAUCUGACUCCUUCAGCCACUCUCCAGAGUCGGUGGACACUAAGCUGAUGAACUUCAGUAACCUGCUGAUGAUGUACCAGGAGCAGGGGGGCAUCCCGGACUCCGACGACGACGGCUCCAAGCUCUCCAUGCUGCCCCACCUGGCCGACCUGGUCAGCUACAGCAUCCAAAAGGUCAUCGGCUUUGCCAAGAUGAUCCCUGGCUUCAGGGAGCUGACGGCUGAGGACCAGAUUGCCCUGCUCAAGUCGAGUGCCAUCGAGGUGAUCAUGCUGCGCUCCAACCAGUCCUUCAAUCUGGAGGACAUGUCCUGGAGCUGCGGAGGGUCCGACUUCAAGUACUGCGUCAACGACGUCACUAAAGCGGGCCACACUCUGGAGCUGCUGGAGCCCCUGGUCAAAUUCCAGGUUGGCCUGAAAAAACUCAACCUCCACGAGGAGGAACACGUGCUGCUCAUGGCCAUCUGCCUACUCUCCCCAGACCGUCCGGGCGUGCAGGACCACGGGCGCAUCGAGACCCUGCAGGACCAUUUGUCGGAGACGCUGCAGGCCUACAUCCAACUGCACCACCCGGGCGGCCGCCUCGUGUACGCCAAAAUGAUCCAGAAGCUGGCGGACCUGCGCAGCCUGAACGAGGAGCACUCCAAGCAGUACCGCUCGCUGUCCUUCCAGCCCGAGCACAGCAUGCAGCUGACCCCACUGGUGCUGGAGGUGUUCGGCAGCGAGUUCACUCGCAUAUCGCACGUCUGACACAACAAUGUAAGAAAUACCUGCACCUGGUUUCCGCCAUAUUCGGCUUUCAUUGAAGGACAGAAGGGAGGGAGCAACAUCCUGGAAUGAAACGCAGCCAGAGACUUAACUGUCACCUCUGUAUAGAGAGGUCAUGAGUCAUAUGGUUUCGGCCGGAGAGUUGGAGUGUCUGCUCCUCUUGGCACAGUUGGAAUGGUCUUUGCCCUCACUAGAUGUCUCUCACUCUGUCCCCUUUCCCCAAUUCAUCUCUUCUCUCUCUCCUUCCCUCCUUCUCUCAGCUCAUUUUCUCCACUCUUAUGCCCCAGCCCACAUUUUUAGAGUAGACUAUUCCAUAUAGAUCUUCAGAUUUUCAGGAAAGGGCAAAAGUUCUGAGAGGACAACCCUCAGUAUCCAUUUAAUGCUGCUUUUAUCAAGAACAUCACAGGUUGAUGUGAAUGUUGUUAUUCUUACUACCAUUGGCACGGUUGAGUAUCACCCAGCAGAAAUAUGCUAACCAGGACAUAGGAGGCCACAGUGUCGUGUUGUGUAGUUUUUGUAAUGCUGAGUAGUUUAGGUUGUUCUGAAGCUAGGGCAAGCUGGUUCUAGAAAAGCACACAUGGGGCAAGUUCCUAUUUGAACAAUGUGGACUUGAGGAAGUUGAUGCCCAUUUAUAAACUUUCAUUAAACCGCUUUAAUUGAUCAGUGUAAUAUUAAUCGCCAGCUACCACAGCCGCGGGAAGUAGGGGCGCUACAGUACCUCCGGAAAUAUCGGAAUUACAUUAUGAAAACUUUUUUGUUGUUUUUGUUUAACAAAUGUAGGCCUUUACAAGUCCUGUAUUAGUGGACCUAUAUAGCAGUCUGUAGCGUGGGCAAAAAAAAAAAAACAAUUCUACCCUGCCCGACAUUGCUCAGUUAGUGCCAAUUGAAGAUGUUGAGUAGCUGCUUUAAUAUCUUUUGAGUACUGUUUUUGCAUACGUUUUGGCAAUGGUCCCUGCUAUCUUUCCAACUAACUGUCUCAAUUUUGACCGUUUGUUUUCAAACAACUUUAAAAAAGAAAAGACAUAAUGUGUCUAGGAAAACAUUUGCCAGUUUGAUAAUCAGUCGUCAUGCUAGCUAUUGGAGGUACACUGCCAUUCAAAAGUUUGGGUUCACUUAGAAAUGUCCUUGUUUUCCAUGAAAACAUACAUGAAAUGAGUUGCAAAAUGAAUAGGAAAUAUAGUCAAGACGUUGACACGGUUAGAAAGAAUGAUUUUUCAAUUGAAAUAAUAAUUGUGUCCUUCAAAACGUAGCUUUCGUCAAAGAAUCCUCCAUUUGCAGCAAUUACAGCCUUGCAGACCUUUGGUAUUCUAGUUGUCAAUUUGUUGAUUUCACCCCAUGCUUCCUGAAGUUGGAUUGGCUUGAUGGGCACUUCUUACAUACCAUACGGUCAAGCUGCUCCCACAACAGCUCAAUAGGGUUAAGAUCCGGUGACUGUGCUAGCCACUCCAUUACAGACAGAAUUCAAGCUGACUGCUUCUUCCCUAAAUGGUUCUUGCAUAGCUUGGAGCUGUGGUUUGGGUCCUUGUCCUGUGACGAAAUUGGCUCCAAUUAAGCGCCGUCCACAGGGUAUGGCAUGGCAUUGCAAAAUGGAGUGAUAAACUUCCUUCUUCAAGAUCCCUUUUACCCUGUACAAAUCUCCCACUUUACCACCGCCAAAGCACACCCAGACCGUCAUAUAGCCUCCACAAUGUUUGACAGAUGGCGUCAAGCACUCCUCCAGCAUCUUUUCACUUUUCUUGAGUCUCACGAAUUGUCUUCUUUGUGAUCCGAACACCUCAAACUUAGAUUUGUCUGUCCAUAACACUUUUUUCCAAACUUCCUCUGUCCAGUGUCUGAGUUAUUUUGCCCAUCUUAAUCUUUUAUUUUUAUUGGCCAGUCUGAGAUAUGGCUUUUUCUUUACAACUCUGCCUAGAAGGCCAGCAUCCCGGAGUCGCCUCUUCACUGUUGACGUUGAGACUGGUGUUUUGCGGGUACUAUUUAAUGAAGCUGCCAGUUGAGGACUUGUGAGGCGUCUGUUUCUCAAACUCUAAUGUACUUGUCCUCUUGCUCAGUUGUGCACCGGGCCCUCCCACUCCUCAUUCUAUUCUGGUUAGGGCCAGUUUGUGCUGUUCUGUGAAGGGAGUAGUACACAGCGUUGUACGAGGUCUUCAGUUUCUUGGCAAUUUCUCGCAUAGAAUAGCCUUCAUUUCUCAGAACAAGAAUAGACUGAAAAGUUUUGAGCCUGUAAUCGAACCCACAAAUGCUGAUGCUCCAGAUACUCAACUAGUCUAAAGAAGGACAGUUGUAUUGCUUCUUUAAUCAGCACCCCAGUUGUCAGCUGUGCUAACAUAAUUGCAAAAGGGUUUUACAAUGAUCAAUUAGCCUUUUAAAAUUAUUAACAUGGAUUAGCUAACACAACGUGCCAAUGGAACACAGGAGUGAUGGUUGCUGAUAAUGGGCCUCUGUACUCCUAUGUAGAUAUUCCGUUAAAAAAAUCAGCCGUGUCCAGCUCCAAUAGUCAUUCACAACAUUAACAAUGUCUACACUGUAUUUCUGAUCAAUUUGAUGUUAUUUUAAUAAACAAAAAAUGGCUUUUCUUUCAAAAACAAGGACAUUUCUAAGUGACCCCAAACCUUUGAACGGUAGUGUAUUCAGACCUUGCUACACAUGAAAUCGAUAGAAGCUAACUCAAAAGUACCUUAAAGUUACCUGCAUUCACAAAGAAUUCCUUUUUCCCAAAGAAAAUGGGGAAUUGGCUCCCAUGUGCUCCUCACUCUACACUUUGGAGUACAAUGCAGGGAGUGAAAGGAGUUCAGAAUUAGUAGCGAUUAGCUAUAGGUAUUGACAUCCAGCAGACACUGUGGCCUUUCAGGGCCUGAGUUGAGUGCCUAUAGGAACCUUUGGAAGAUUGGAGUGUUUCGUGAAGCAGGAUUAGAAAGUUAGCAAGCAAACUUUUCCAAGUAUCUUUUUCAAAAAAAUAUAUAUAUCGUUUCUCAAGAUGGCUUAUUUCAAAGAUUGGUCAAUACUACUUAAUAACCUAUUAUUCUAGCAACUGACGGUGAUUCUACUUUAGCUGUCUUUAUUGGCAAGAAAAUUUUGUUGUUUGAGAAUUGUUUCUAAAAAAAAUGUUCGCUUGUUAAAUGUAUAAUCCUGUUUUUAAGACACUGCACCACGUCACAUUCGAUGGAAAGACCGAAACAACAAGAGCACUUGCAGUAUUGUUUUGUAACACAAUGCGUACAUUUGGAUGAAUAUGCUAUCAAUUACUGCCUGUCGAUGUCAGCGUUAUAUGGCUGCAAUUAUCAAAGUCAUUUGUCUAAUUUCUUGCAAUGUGUGUUCUUUUGUUUUCAUUUCUUAUUAAGAUCGUUUUUUUUUCUAUUACAACAGACAUUAUAAAUGGGUGUUUAUGUAAUGUUAUUUUUGUCCGAUGUUUUGCAAAUCAAAUAAUAAACGACUGUGCAUAGUG